AUGGCUGACAUCCCCGUCUCGGCCACGGGUCCGGCCCAUCCAUACUUCCCCCCCGGCGCCGUGAUCCCAGGCUACGUCGCCAACGACAAGGACGUGACGGAGCUGAUGCUCAAGUUUGGCGCCGUGACCGGAGCCGUCGUCGGGUCCGCCCUGUGGCUGACGACGCGGAGCAGACACCCGCUGCGCGCCAUUGACCGAUUCGCAGCCGCCUGGUUUGCGCUGUGUGGCUUCUUGCAUGUUGCGUUUGAAGGUUACUAUCUCGUAUACCGCCAUGAGCUCACCGGCAUGUCAACACUCUUCGCCCAGCUAUGGAAGGAAUACGCCCUCUCAGACUCGCGGUACUUGACCCACGACGUCUUUACCAUCAGCGUCGAGACCAUCACGGCGCUCGCCUGGGGUCCCCUCUGCCUCUUCACCGUCGUCGGUAUCAUCCACGGCUCCCGUAGCCGUCACGUAGCGCAGUUGAUUGUGUGCACUGCGCACGCGUACGGAGUGGCACUAUACUACCUGACCAACUUCAACGAGUCGCGCAUGCACGGCGUGGCAUACAGCCGGCCCGAGACGCUGUACUUUUGGAUCUACUACGUGGGAUUCAACUUUCCCUGGGCGGUCGUGCCCCUCGUGCUGCUGCGUGAUAGUUGGCGACAGAUCGGCAGUGCCUUUGCUGCCCUCGAGGAGAAGAGGAAGGGAGAGUGA